UUUCCCUCCUUCUCUCUCUCUCUCUCUCUCUCUCUGGUUUUAUUCCUGCUAUUUUUUGGGCAGCCAUGGUGAGCUCCCCUGCAACUAACCUAACUGAGAAGCUAGGGCAAGUUCACUUGCUUCCCCCACUGCCUAUUUUACCCGAUUCAGAAACAGAGGAAGAGAGAGACUUCAUUCUCAGUCAAGAGUUGUUCUGUACUCCAGACUAUAUAACCCCCGAUGAACCACAAAUCAAGUUAGAUUAUAACACGGAAUAUAAUUUCUGCCCAAAAUCUCCAGAAAAAUCAAAGACGAGUAGAAUCAAACGACAUAGAGUAGAAAGUAUCCCAAGUGAUUCCAUUGACACCAACUUACCUUGUCCUGUGGGAGUGGCUGAGUUCUGGAAGGAAAAUUUUGGUUCAGAGGAUUCCAAAACCCUAAAAGCACCUAUGACUGAAUCACAAAAGAAGAAGCAUGUUUCACAAUCAGCUGUAGCUUUACGCUGUCGGGUUAUGCCACCGCCUUGCAUCAAGAAUCCUUAUGCAGCUCAAAGCUUUGAAAUGGAUGUAGAUACCAUAUGCCCCCAAAGAUGGAGAUCUGCAGGUUGCUUUUCCCCAGUUGUUGGUGGUGAUGGCCUUUCCCGGUACCAUACUGAUUUUCAUGAGCUUGAGGAAAUUGGUCGGGGGAAUUUUAGUCGGGUUUUCAAAGUUUUGAAGAGAAUCGAUGGCUGCAUGUAUGCGGUCAAAUACAGCAUAAGGCAGUUGCAUAAUGACACUGAGAGACGGGAGGCUUUAAUGGAAGUACAAGCUCUAGCAGCCUUAGGAUUUCAUCCAAACUUAGUUAGUUACUAUUCGUCAUGGUUUGAGAAUGAGCAACUCUACAUCCAGAUGGAGCUUUGUGAUGGCAGCCUGUCAAUCCAUAAUUCCAGCUCUGCUUUGCCUUAUGAGGGAGAAAUCAUCAACGUCAUGCGACAGAUUGCCCAGGCAUUGCAGUUCAUACAUGAGCGUGGAAUUGCCCAUUUGGAUGUAAAGCCCGAUAAUAUCUAUGUUAAAAAUGGUAUUUACAAGCUUGGGGAUUUUGGUCAAGCUACCCUUAUUAAUGGUAGUCUUCCUAUUGAGGAAGGAGAUGCGCGCUAUAUGCCAUUGGAGAUUUUAAAUGAUAAACAUGACUACCUUGACAAGGUUGAUAUUUUCUCUUUGGGGGCCUCCAUAUAUGAGCUUGUGAAAGGAUCACCUCUACCAACAUCUGGUUCUCAGUUCUCUAUGAUUAGGGAGGGGAAGCUCUCUUUGCUCCCUGGAUAUUCUCUUCAGUUUCAGAAUUUAUUGAAGAUGUUGAUGGAUCCAGAUCCAGUAAAGCGGCCUUCCGCCAAGGAAUUGCUUGAGAACGCCAUCUUUAAGAAUCAUAGUUCUACUCGAUGCAAGUGACUUGGUUGCUUGAAGUCUUGUAUAUUACAAGCAACCAGUUUGGUCGCUUUCAACUUAAACAAAUGAAAAAUUGGAGAAUCAAAGGAGAGAGAGAGAGAGAGAGAUCUGCGCAUUUUGGGGAUGUGGGAUUCAGUGGUUGAGAGCAUAUCAGUGUGUCUCCUUUGCACCAUGGAGGGAAAGGUGUGCAAGUUUUGUAAAAAGUAACAUUUCCUUGCUUUUUGUAAAAUGUAAAGCUUUGCAAAUAUUUAAACAUGUAUUACUCGUUGAUCAU